UGCAUAUCACCUAUCUACCUCCUUACCAGGUAGAUACCUACCUACCUAGGUACCUACCAGAAGCCUCUCUUAUCCCUCCCUACUCUCCAGCCACCUUUCACUUCUCUCCUGUUCCAGAUUCAGAUUUCUUCCAGUUACUACCGUCAAACUUCAAAUUUUCUUCGCUCCAGGCAAACAAACAAACACCACAAUGACUACCCAAGGUGGAGAUGACACCGUACCUCUCCCCGCUCUUCCGCCCCAACAACUUUCAACAUCUUCCAAAGUCCCCUCCAAGCUUCCCGCCAUCGCCGCGUUACCUGGCCUCGACGAUGCCUCGCUGAUCGGGACACUCGACCUUUUAUUCGAAGCCUCGCCCGACCUGCAUGCCCUCGCUGUCCCCGUGGCCCGUUCCAUGACAUUCACCUCCUAUCGAGACCUCAUCGAGUCCAUACGGUCCACUCUGCUUUCUGUCCAAGCGACUGUGCAUGCCGACCCCGUUGCCCGAAAACCUUUGCUUGGAAUUCUGGCCGCCCACCCUCGUCUGGGAGAAAGGAAGCAGCCCGUCAGCGACCAGAGCAAGGCUGAGCAAGCCAGUCUUCAAGGAGAGGCCGAGAAGUUGGCCACACUAAAUGCUGAAUACGAAGCUAAAUUUCCCGGCAUGAGGUAUGUCGUCUUCGUCAAUGGACGGAGCAGGGAUAUUAUCAUGGAGAAUAUGCGCGCAAGGAUCGAUAGGGGUGAUAUGAACGCCGAGGAGCAAGAUGCAAUAAACGCAAUGUGCGAUAUUGCACACGAUAGGGCGAUUAAAUUAAAUAAAAUUUAAUUUUUUCAAAAUUAGAAACGUUAUUAUAAUAUAAUAUAAGUAAAACAAUAUAACAAAUUUAAAAAUAAUAUAUUAAAUCCAAAGAAGGAGA